AGCAUCUCAUCUCAUCUCAUCUUGUCCACCUCUAAUCUAAGGUUGUGAUCAAUUGAUCAAUAUAGAAGUCACAAGAGACAUCAUUCUAGAAGUAACGACUUUAUUUCUGACAUGCUAGCCCUUCUCAAUUUCCAAAUAUGAGAAAGAACUUGCUAUUAUUUUCUCCCCAAUCCUUAGCAUGCAAGAGUCAUCCUACACUUUAUUAAACGAUGAUUUACAUGGCAACGCCAACCAAUGUCAUCUGCCCAAGGAUACGAGCGCAGAUAUCACGAUUCAAAGAAAGUGCUCCUUUUAAAAUAUACAGGUCUUCGCUCUAUCUAGUGGAGUUCUAGAUGUCUAAGUAGGUAUAAUCAGUCAGCAGCUACCUCAAUAGCUAUUGUCUUCCUUUCUUUCAUUCGACCUUCUGCGGGAGUGAGAGAGCGUUACAAUGAAUAGUACAGAGUCGCUCCCUCGACUCCUGAGAGGGAUAUCGGUCGUAGCUUCAAGCACAUCCCCAAGUGGAAGCCAUUGUAGCUGGAAAUGACAUCCCCUCAAUAUAUCCUAAAUCUCGGGCUCUCCGUCUUCUCUCAUUUAUCUUUCCUACGGAUCAGUAUCACUCCAUCUAGACUCUGGAGAUGGCGGCUACAAUUUACCCAUCCAAAAACUCCGGCCAUUAUCGUUCCUCAAUUCCACGGCUCAAUAUUGACACCGCAAUGGCCUCUCAGCAGCCAGCACCGCCAGCACCGGGUUCUCCAAAGUCAAUCAACGGACAUGCCGGCGGCGUCCACCAAAAGCCUGGAAGCCCAGGGAAAGAAACCUACCGCUUACUGUCUCAUACUGAAUGGGUCCAAUUCUGCCGAGGCAUCGGUGUAUUCAAAGACGAUGAGAGCGAAGAGGUCGUUCGUCCAACCAGUCGAUGGUGGCCGCCAAAAGGGUUUAGAGAUGGUUUGUAUCAAGACGUACUCGUUGAGAAGACCAAGUUUACAUACUGGUUUCACUGUGUGAGCACCGUCACCUGGAUCUUGAUGCUUCUCCAGAUUGCAAUGAGUGCCGUCUUGACAGCCCUUGGAUCAAUUUCAUCUUCGAACAAAGAAGGAACGGCAAUCACUUCUAUUGCUGCGAUCAACACUUGUGUCGGAGGAAUCCUUGCCCUGUUACACAACAGCGGCCUACCGGAUAGGUACCGCUCGGAUAGGAAUGAAUUUUACAAGCUCGAAGAACACAUGAAGUCCAUUGUCGACACAGCUCUCGUGCCCGCAGAUCAAGAUAUCAACGAAGCCACCGCCUCUUGUUUUGAUAUGUUCCGAGACGCCAGGCAGACAGUCCAAAACAACAUACCAGCAUCCUACGCUACUGCACCCGCCAGCAGCAAAGUAUCUGGCACUAGAGCCUCGAAGGCGAUUGAACCAAAGAAGUAAAGCCGAUUACUGCGAUAUUGUUAUAUCAUUCCGAUAUAGGGUUCGACCUCAUCAUCCUGAGAAAAGUAUUUCCGUUAAUCAAGACGCAAUUCGGAAUCCUACCUUGUUUUUCUUCUAUGAGCACUAUAUUUUAGCCUUGUUUUUAAUCAGGUUCGGAUUCAAUUAUCACGGUAAUGGUUGGAGGGUGUAUGAAGCCAACAUCUUAACAGUUGGAGCUAUAAAUUACCUAUGUAAGUAACAUGGCAGCAAAAAGUCCAUUCAUAGCCAUUAUAUCUGUGGAGGAUGGAUGUUGGUGGUGCGUUUAAUGCAGGGUGCCUAGGCAGUCUACCUAAUGUUAUAAUUGACUUCCAGGUCCAUCAUUCUUCUGCUACCAUAAAUUCAUAAUUCAUGGUACGAUGUGAAGGCAGUUUGCUUAGAGCUAGGUACUAGGUCCCGAAUAGGAUGCGGAGUUCUUCUAAUCAGGGGUUCAACAGGGGGUUACUAUGCAGCGAACUAGAGCGGUCUCGAUGCAUACUAAAAGCAAGUAAUCUUAAGGAGCUAGGGCAUUUCAGCC